AUGGCUGGUGCUAGAAACCCCCAGACCGAAGAACCUGCAGCGCUCAACCGGCUCCCGGAAGUACGGCUCCGCGCCCCGGAAGCUAUUCCUCGAGCCGCAAGCGCGCUCCGCCUCGUAUUCUGUGUAGACGUAGAUCUGGGCGACCGAGGCCGCGAGCGAGGUGAGGUGGGGGCUCGGAGGUGCAGGGACCCGAACACAAGGAGGGUGAAGAUGCCGGUGGCCGUGGGUCCCUACGGGCAGUCGCAGCCAAGCUGCUUCGACCGCAUGAAGAUGGGCUUUGUGAUGGGCUGUGCCGUGGGCAUGGCGGCCGGGGCGCUCUUCGGCACUUUUUCCUGUCUCAGCCCUCUAACCAGCGAGACUGAUUCUCCUCCACCUGAAACCUGAAACAGGAUUGGAAUGCGGGGUCGGGAGCUGAUGGGCGGCAUCGGGAAAACCAUGAUGCAGAGUGGCGGCACCUUUGGUACAUUCAUGGCCAUCGGGAUGGGCAUCCGAUGCUAAUCGUGGCAGUGGUUGCCCGCUACAUGUUCCCCACCGAUCAGUGACAACCCUUUAAAAAAAUCCGUGUACUAUAAUAAAAACAAAGUCUUUGAGUAA